AUGGAGGACUCUUCGUUGAAGGAGCGUCUCCUCAAUUCACAAAAGUCCUUUGAUGGACUCUUGUCUUUAAUACCUGCCAGAAUGUAUUAUGGAGAAGACACGACCGACCAAUGGAAACGGAAGAAGCAGACCAAAGCUGAGGCCGCUGCUGCCCGACGUAAUAAGCUCGACCCCGACAGCGCGCUAAACCGAAGUGUCAAAGAAGUUAUGGACGAGCAGGCAUUGAAAAAGCGGAAGCGCGAUCAGAUGCAAGAUGGGGAUGAAGAAGAUUGGUCUGAUAUUGAAGGUGUUGAGACUGAGAAGCCUGGUGAAGGGUUAAAGAAGAAGGCGGUACAGGAUGCCAAGAAACAGAAGAAGUUGAACGAGGAGCAACUCGAGCUAAGUGAAAAAGAACGGCGAUCGCAAGAGAAGAAAGCUGCGCGAAAGGAACGAAAGGCAGAACGACAACAGCUACGAGAAGAGGAAGCGGCCUUCCAGAGACAAACUAUCAAGGGUGUCAACAAGAUCAAGUUGGGGUCUAGAGAAACGAAGACCAGCUCAGCGCCAAAUGGUGAUAUCAAAUCCGCCGACGCUAGCACCGAGACUGACGAUGAGCAGCCAGAGGCGGAAGAAGAAGUUGAUGCCUCGGACGUCAAACCCCUUGAUGUUUCUGGUCUCGCUGACGCUACCGAAGAACAAAAUUCGGUUUCUGCCCCCUCCCCCCCUCCAUCGGAACCCCAAUCCCCCAUCUUCGACACCAACGGUACGCCUGCCGACUCAACCGGCCAAGCUCCAAGUACAACAACGUCUGUAUCAUCCUCCGCCCCUGCUGAAAAGCCAAAGCACAUCAAGAUCCCCCCUGAUACCGCCGCUCUUCGUGCUCGCCUCGCGGCAAGGAUACAAGCACUCCGCGAUGCGCGAAAAGCCGAUAUCGAUGGAAAGCCCAUACGUACGCGUCAGGAGCUGAUCGAGGCGCGACGCCAAAAGCAAGCAGAACGAAAAGCACACAAGAAAGAAUUACGGCAAAAGGCUAAAGUAGAAGAAGACCUUAAGCGUGAAGAGGCUUUGGCAUCUGCCCGCAACUCUCCAGGCAGCAUUCUCAGCCCGGCCAUCGAUCUCGAGAACAACAACUUCUCCUUUGGCCGAAUUGGAUUUGGCGAUGGCUCUCAAUUAUCCCAUGACCUCUCACAUGUUCUCAGUAGCGGCAAGAAGAAGGGCCCAUCGGAUCCCAAGACAGCCCUCGAAAAGCUAGAGAACCAGAAGAAGCGGCUGCAAGAGAUGAAUGAAGAAAAGCGAAAGGACGUCGAAGACAAGGAGCUUUGGCUUACUGCGAGGAGACGUGCGGAAGGCGAGAAGAUCAAGGACGACGAAAAGUUACUCAAGAAGGCUGUCAAACGUAAGGAGACGACAAAGAAGAAGAGCGAAAAGGAAUGGUCAGCCAGGAAAGAUGGUGUCGCUAAGGCAAUGAAGGAUCGACAAAAGAAACGAGAGGAGAACAUCAGGAAACGACGUGAGGAGAAGCUCGCGGGUAAGAGUGGCAAGAAGAAGGGGGCUAAAAAGCCUAAGAGUAGAGCAGGGUUUGAGGGUUCGUUUAUAGGCGGCGGGAAGAAGAAAUAA